AUGGCGCUUUCUCAAGAUCCUGUUGUGCACCGGCACAAACCGAAAUCUUCACAAAGGCAGCUUAGCGCGAAAGAACGUGAAGAGCUUCUGCGACCUUACCUUCCAAGGCCAAUGAAGCAGGAAAGUAAAAACCCUCAGCGAACUAGGGCUGUACGAGGCUUUUUAACAAAUCAAUUUCACCUGCUCAUCUACACUAUCUUGCACCUUGCCUUCUCGAUCUACAUUGUCACACGACAGACGUAUCACGCAGUCUUCGAUCGCGUCCUAGCCAUACUGUACUAUCACCACCGUACACCAGGACUCAUACGGCAAGAUGUUAAGGAUCUUACAAGAUUACCAGAGCACUUAAGUGUCAUACUCGAACUGAAGCGGGAUGGCAGUACUCAGACCAACAUUGAAUCGCUUGUGGAUGAAAUCUCUGAGAUCGCAGCUUGGUGUUCUUGCGUAGGAAUACCUAUGUUGAGCGUGUACGAGAAGACAGGGAUUCUCAAGAAUUACAUACCAAGCUCACACCGCGCCAUCUGUGACAGAAUGCACGCCUAUUUUGGAGACGAUAUCCCAUCAGUGCAGAUUGGAGCCCCUACAAUUUCCGCAUACCUUGACGGCAGUUCCUCUGCUGCUGCUCGACCAGCAUCGAGCCACCUCUCUAUAUUGUUGUUGUCCGCCGAGGACGGCAGAUCAACCUUGGUGGACCUGACGAAGACAUUUGCGGAAAUGUCACAACGUAAGAAGCUCUCCAUCGAUGACAUUACUCAGGACCUGGUGGAUAUAGAGCUCACAGAGAGUGUCAUGGGGGAGCCUGAUUUACUCAUCCUAUUUGGGCCAAGGGUGCUUCUGCAAGGCUACCCGCCAUGGCAAAUACGGCUCUCUGAGAUCUAUCAUGUCCAAGACAAUAACGGUGUUGGUUACCAAGUGUUUCUUCGAGCUUUGCAUAAUUAUGCAAAGGCUCAAAUGAAGUUCGGCAGGUGA